CCAAAAGCCCAACAAAAUCAACGACCUCGCGCUCGUCUGCUGGCUCUCCCUUUAUCACGCAAUUUCAUUCCCCUCUCUCUUUACAAUUGUCUCUGUGAUUAAAACAGAGUGUGUCAAAAUUGAAACCCUAGACACGCCAAUUUCAUUCGAAUUAGAGGGGCCACUUUACUUUCCUUUUCCUACCAAAAUCUCUGUCUCUGUCUCUCUCUCUCUCUAUAUAUAUAUAUAUAUAUAUAUUUCCUAAGUAUAUAUUUUCAUGUUUUUCUUUUUUAUCAGGAAUAUAAUUCGGUCAGAAUGUGGAGUUGUAUUGGUUUCAAUUACCCGUGAAUUUAAUUUGGGUUUUGUUUGUCUUAACUAACGGUUGGUAUUGUUGUUGUGUUGAAACUAGGGUUUCAAGUAUCUACCUUUUUCUCUUAACAAAUUACUGUUUGACCUGCAGUGAUUUCAUUUAGCGAACCAAACACCCCUGUUCUUGAAGCAGAAAUAGAUAAAUCCUAUAAGAAAGAUGUCAAUGCAAUAUCCAGUUCUUGACAACCGACCAAUUAAUAAGUGGAAAGUAGCAGAGUUGAAGGAAGAGCUUAAGAGACGGAAACUAACAACAAAAGGAUUGAAAGAUGAUUUGGUAAAGCGGUUGGAUGAAGCAAUUCGCAUUGAAAGGGGACCUUUUGAGGAAGAAGCAAGCAGAGGUAUUGGAUCCGAGCCAAAACAUGUGGUUGCGCAUGUAGAUCCACUGUCAAACCCUAGUUAUGUACAAAUGGCUGAUGAUACACGGAGUCACGACAUAAAUAAAACGGCUAAGGUUGAUGAAGUCGUGGCUGGGAUUGGAAUUGAUGGUUUGGGUCAAGGCAAAGUUCAAGUGCAGGAAACAAUAAGUGGCGCUGAUUCUUUUGAGAUGAUUGUUGGGAAACCAGAUUUAGAGGCUUCAAUUGAAACCGGAGCUGAUGAUACAUUGAAUCAUGACAUAAGUAGAACUGCCAAGAUUGAUAAAGUUGUAGCUGCGGUUGACAUUGAUGAUGGUCCUGCUGAAAUAGAUCAAGGAAAGGUUCUAGAAGAGGAAGCGAUAGGUGGUAAUAAUUUGGGUGAGAUUAUUGUUGGGGAACCAAUUUUAGAGGUUUCCAUGCAAACUGGAGCUGAUGACACAAGCAAAACUGCUGUUGGUGAUGAAGUUGUGGCUGGGCUUGACCCUGAUGAGGGUCCUCAUGAGAUGGAUCAAGGGAAAGUUCAAGAGGAUGAGGCAAUAGGUGGCACUGAUUCUGUUGAAAGGAUUGUUGAGGAACCAGUUUUAAGGGCUUGCAUGGAAACAAGAAUUAGAGAUGAUGACAUUGCAGCCCAGAUUGCAUCAAGCGACAAAGCUUCUGGAAACAAUAAAACAGAUCAAGAGAAUAAGAAUUUGAAUUUUUCACUUACAGAUGCUCCGGCGGUUGAAGAACCAGUUGCAUUGGAGGCUUCUAUGAAAACUAACCCCUUCUUCAAUGAUACUGUGGUAUCACAGACUGCAUUGAACGAGGAACCACUGCAAAACAAUGAAAUUAAGACCGAGAAUGACGAUUCAAAGCCUUCGCAGAUGGACGUGGAGUGUGAUGCAUCUUAUCCAAACAACCAGGUAUAUGAUGUCAGCCCAAAUGUAGGGUUUCAAGUAAAGUCUGAGUCAAUUUCUACUGAUGCUGUGUAUGUUUAUGAAAACACUGAACUAAAGGAUAAUUUAAAUGCUGAUAAUGUCUAUUUAGAACUAGAUGUUACUAAAGUGGAGAUGGUGCAGCCAACAUCCAGUGAAGGCCAUCAAAAUGAUUGUAACUUGCAUUCACUGGAUGAUAACAAACCUGAGGGAGACCAGAGUUUUGUUGAAGAAACUGAUGACAACAAAUCUACACCUGUGGAUUUUAGGAAAGAAAAUGAUGGAGUUGUAGGGUCAUCAGUGAUGUUAAAAUUAGACCAUAAUUUAGUUGAUAAUUCUAUGAGAGAUGUUAUGGAAAACAAGCCAAGUGAUUCAAACCAUAAUUUCAAUAUAGCAAUGGAUAAGAUUGAGCUAAUGGAAAUGCCUGUUGCAAAUGAGGGAACUCUUGAUGGUGUUGUGGGGCCUCAAUUGUCCCCUGACAAGAUGAAAACAUAUGCUACCGAGACUGCUGCCUUUGAGGGAAAAAGGUUACGAGCAGUAGAUGACAACAAAUCUACUUCCCUGGAUCGUAUUGAGAGAACUGUGGCAGAUGAGGGACCAAUGGAAAAGAUAAACUUGGACCAUUCUUCAGCUGACGAUUCUAUGGAGGAGGACGUAUUGGAGACGAAACAGAUAGAUUCAAAUGAUAUUUCCACUGAAGUGGCUGAGAAGAUUGAGUUGGCUGACGUUGCUGGUAUGAAAGUGGCUGGUACUAUUGAUGCUGUUGAGCUUGAUUCUGACAAGUUGGAGUCGUCUUCUGAACAGAAGAAUGCAAUUGCUACUACUUCUGAAAAAAGAAAGUUUCAAGAUGAAGCAGCAGCUGGUAACAAAGAACCUCCAAAGAGGUUGCGUAGGUGGAAUUCUGGAAGCCUUAAAAUCUCUGAAACACAAGGCUCGAAUCUUUCCCUUUCUACAGUUCCUAAGGAUUUGUUUCAGGCUAAUAUGUUGAAACACAACCUCACUAAGUCUGACCCUACAAUUAGUGCAGAUGCACCCAAGGAACGUGUUGUUCCACCAUCACCAAAACCUCCAACCAAUUCUCUUAGAAUCGAUCACUUCCUGCGUCCUUUUACACUGAAAGCUGUGCAAGAGCUUCUAGCCAGAACUGGUAAUGUCUGCAGUUUCUGGAUGGAUCACAUCAAGACGCAUUGCUACGUCACGUACUCAUCACCAGAGGAAGCCAUAGAGACUCGAAAUGCUCUUUACAACCUUCAAUGGCCUCCAAAUGGAGGACGUCUGCUGGUUGCUGAGUUUGUUGAUCCCCAGGAAGUGAAGUUGCGUGCAGAGGCGCCUCCCAAUUCAACAGCUACUAAACCUGUCAGUACCAGCCCAACUGUUUCUGCAACUCGAGCUCCCAUUCAGCCACCAUCCUCAACUCACCAGCAUGGCCACAAGCAGCCCGUUUCACCCCAACCUCCAGUUUCCAAACCACCCCAUGUUUCUGAUCUACCUACCAUAAAACCCCUUCCCCAGCCACCGGUCCCUGAGAAAGUAGACCAUCCAAUCUUAACCUUGGAUGACCUGUUCAGGAAAACCAGAGCCACCCCUCGAAUCUACUACCUACCCUUGACUGAAGAACAGGUCACAGCAAAACUGGCUAAUCAAAAUAAAAACAGGCAGUAGUUAGUAGUGAUCGUGGUAUAUUUAGUGGCUUAGUUCGUUAUCCAGUAUGGGGACAGGGUUCUACAGUGUAAUUCAUAAUUAUGUCUGCAGUUCUUAGGGAGGUUUAAUUUAUGUAUGCAGUUUAUGAGUGGCUACUUUGUGCCUCAUGGAUCAGGAUCAUGCAUGUUACUGGUAUUUGUGUACAGCUGUUUAGUCAUUUUUAGCUGCAACUAUGGUGGGAAUAAGACAGUGUUUGCUUGAGAAUAUUAUUAAUAAAAAAGUUUAUCUCCGAGUGGCUUCCAACA